CACCCAGUAUCAGAAGACUCAUCACUCUACUGAGACCUCAACACCAAUAUACGAGUGACCAGCGACACAUUAAUUUUCAAAGGUGAGAAGACGCAGACUACUGUCCUAAACUGUCAACAGUGAUGGAGCCUUUUGUAAAGGUGGACUAUGAAGACAACACAUUGAAUACCUUCAGAGAAAUUAAUGGAGAAGAUGAGGUGAGGAUUGUACUCCUGGGAAAAACAGGAGUUGGCAAAAGUUCUGCUGGAAACACAAUUCUUGGAGAGACAGUAUUUAAAGCAGUUUGUUCACCACGAAGUCAAACAAGCAUUUGUGAAAGACAUGAAAAAGAAAUCAACGGCAGAAGAAUUGUUCUUAUUGACACUCCUGGCAUUUUUGACACCGACAGGAAGGAUGAGGAAGAACUCAAGAAAGAGAUAAUAUCAUGUCUCGUAGAGUGUGCACCUGGCCCUCAUGUUGUUAUUUUAGUGUUGGAGGUAGCGAGAUACACCAAGGAAAACCAGGAAGCAGUGGAGAAGUUUCGAAAGUACUUCAGUGAUGAUGUUCUUCAUCAUACGGUGUUGCUUUUCACACGCGGUGAUGAUCUUGACGAGAACAUGACAAUCCAUGACUUCAUAAAUCAGUCUGAUGUUAAGGGGGAAACACUGAAAAAUCUCGCUGAGAAAUGUGGAAAUCGAGUUCAUGUCAUUGACAACAAACACUGGAACAAGGAUAACAGUAACAGAGUUCCAGAAUGGCCAAACAUUCCUCGGCAGUUUAUGAACAAUUCUGUUGCAGGAAUUCAGGCAAACCAAAUGGAUAAAAUUCCAUGGUUUAACAUAAUGUCAGAUCCAGAUGAUAACAUGCAGCCAGAAUGGCAAGUUGAAAGUGGAGACCAAAGCAGGGAUUACCGAAGCAACAGAUUUCAGAUCGCCCAGUUAAUGAAGUCCAUAAAUAUAAUUUUGAUUGAAAACAACAGAGAGCCCUACAAAAACGAAGCUUUAGAAGCGACUGGAGAAGCCAUUAAAGAAGAAGUGAAUAACAUAAUAGAGGAGGGGAAGGAUAAAAGGGAGGUCAGAGAUGUGACAGAAAUGGAUGUGGUUGAGAUCAGGAGGCGAGCAAUAAAGAAAGUCAGAACCAAGAUAGGGAGACCGUUGACUGGUGUAACCAUAGGAAUAUUACUAGGAGCUUUCUUGGGAGUUGGAGUUGGAGUAUCAGCACCAGUAGUGUUAGUAGCAGGUCUUAUAAGGGCAGGAUAUAGAAAGGCAACUCAUCAAAGACCACAAGCUGGAGGUGCACCAGUGGAGAGAGCAGACAUAGGAGCAGGUUUUACUGCUGCAGGUGCUGGUGCUGCAGUAGGGGUCACUGCUGAGAUUACAACAGCUGCCCUGGCAGAGGCAGCAGUGCUGGGUGCAGGAGUUGGGACUGGGAUAGGAGCAGGAGUUGGAGCUGGAGUUUGUUUUAUUUACGGAGCUGGGAAGGGUGCAAUAUCAGGCUAUGAAAUUUCAAAGACGGCUGACAACAAAAAACAGACAGCAAAAAAAGUGGCUCGAGGUUUAGCAGACACAGCUGAAGAUGUACUGAAAGCAUGCUGGAAUGUGGGGAGUAAAACUGAAACUGGGGAUGAAGCUGAGGAACCACUUUUUAAGGCCAAUUAAUCAACAGUCAUUGAUAACACAUUUGGCCUGCACCUUCACCAUUAUGACAUUUAAAUCAUAACCAAGUGUAGAAAGUUUUGCAAUAGGCCCUUUUCACAAGAAACAGAAGUGUUUAAAGACUGGGUAAAACAAGUUCUGCUAUUGCCUUACAGACAGUUAUUAACCUUAUAAAUACAGGCGUUCGCAUCACUUCAGCCACCACAGAAAGGUGUUUUAGUCUAUCUUUGUCAUAGUUGCCAAGA